AGGUCUGCCACUAACCGAGAACGGCCGCUACUUGCGAUUCGUUGAACAACGGAACCCCGGAUACUCAGCCUUCGAAACGGGGCUGGCGACUCAUCUACUUUUGGCCCAUGUGCUCUUUAGUCUUUACUCGGGUUACUCGGUUCGGAUUCUGGACCUGAUGCAGACUUUUACUUGCAAUACGGAUACGUGCAGAUGGAAGCUCCUGAAAUCUGAUGAAGCCUUGACAAUCAACAUACCGACUGUUCUAAUUGGUACACCCGCAGCACUCCUGUCCCGUGUCGCACAGACUUGCCCACGACGGCGUGGUGGCUGAUCAGCGUCUAAUUGAACUUGGCGUGCCUCUGAGAAACAGUGGUGCCUGUUUACUCAAAUGCAUAUAUCGGGCACAGCCUUGCGAUAGGAUGUGCCUGCAUCAGCCGUGCUCCACUAGGUAGCGUUGAUGCCAAAGAUAUCGCCAAACCAUGGUCUAUCACGGGCCUAGCAGUGGUUGCAAGGCAUGCAGGACUCGUCGAGUCAAGUGCGAUCAGACGAAACCGGCUUGCAGCAACUGCAUCCGGCGCCGUCAGACUUGUCCAGGCUAUGGUGACAUCUUCGAUGGCGCUCACCGGAAUCAGAACAACGUUGUGGCUCGAAGAGCCGAAAAGCACAAUGCUGUCCUGAAAACCACUUCGAGCAGCGUCAGUCCUGGCAGUGAUAAUACUCAAGAGUCCCCUAUUUCCAACCCGACAAGCCCGAAUCCGAGCACUACUCACACCAAGAGCUUAAAACGAACUCCCCUUCAUUGGAUCAUAUAUUCCGCUAAUGCGGGCGCUCCUGCCUCAAAACGAAACGGACCAAAUCGACAGGAGCGAGACGUGUCGAGAACAGCACGCAUACGACCGACUCCUGGCCAGCUUGGACUCAGUAUCCCGCAUGCACUGAAGCAGGACCCGGAAGAAGCAUCAAUAUGCUUCUUCUUCCGCCAUUAUGCAGGGAUCGUGCGGCACAACUCAGAAGUUCGCAAUGGCUUCGCCACGCAUUGGCAGCCACUCUACCAACACUCGUCGCUCAAUUCGCCCCUGAGAGCUGCCACCACUGCAUUCACCUUCAACAUCACCAUGAUGUGGUGUUUCCAAGGCUGCGACACUCGUCCAGCACGGGACCUACUGACAAACGCAAUCUCGGCGACGCGCAAAGCUAUCGAAAACCCUUCCUCGGAUGAAAUGGACGAGCUCCUGAUGACUGUUCUCAUCUUCGACCUUUACGACUCCCUUACACAACACUACGUCCCCAAGCCUGUAAGGCCUGGGACGCACAAAGCCGGCGCUUUGGCCCUGGCCAGAUUGAGAGGAUCUGCGAACUAUGACACAAUACUCAGUCGCAGUCUCACGCACGCCACGCGCCAUGCUCUCUUGUCCCGCGCCCUGGCCACACGAACGGGUCUUCCUCCAGGCGCAGUGGAGAUCUUUGACGACCCUUUCACGCCGGAGAGCCCGGUGACACAGCUCGACCUAAUCACUUUAGGGGUUGCAGAUCUGCAAAGCCGUCUCUGGCAUUUGCGGCGAGAGAAGUGUCGGCCAAAGAGCUCUCAAGAACGUCAAGCUUUCUACGCAGGUAUCAUCGCGGAGGCUGUCAAGACGGACGACGCGCUGGCCAAGUGGAAACAGGCACUACCAGAUACGGGUUGGACACCUCACCAUGUCCACCGGGACGAUGUCGCUCCCUCGAUCAGAGCCGCUGGCUUCUACGGCACCUACUGCGUCGUGUGGUCAGACAUGCAGUACGCUGAGAUGACGAACCUUUACCACCAACGUCGUCUAGUCAAUCUGCAGAUCAUCAGGCAGGCGCUUGCGGACGAGCCUGGACUUUUGUCUUUGUCCCAAUAUCAAGACAUCCUGUUCACCACCACCAACACCACGGUCCAGUCCAUUGUGGACGCCAUCUGCGCCAACAUCCCGUUCCACCUGGGCGAUACUGUCACGCCCAGAAAUCCUGUAUACUGCGACGAGAUCCAGUUCCCCACCAAAGUCCUACAAACCCCAGAAACAGGCGAGACUAUCAUCAUCCCUUCGCCGACAUCAGACCACAAGCCCCGCGCUGCCGCGGGUGGAGGUUGGGCAAUCUUCCCCUGUAUGGUCGAGGUUUAUAGACUGGCCGGCCCAGAAGACGAUGCGGUGCCCAUCAUGUUGCGAGAAGGUCAAUUCGAGUGGAUUGAGGCCCAGAUCAAACGAUUGCAGACCAUUUUUCUGUACUGCGAUCCGGUCUGGUUCAAACGACUACCACCACCACCAUCCUCCACCACGGAAUCAUCUACAGUACCAACAUAGAAGCAGACCAGCAAGUUAGGUUGACACAUACUGUGCCUUGGAUAUGAUCGAGGUUGCUCCAGAAUGAAAAUGCCAGCAGCCAUUCCCACUCCAGUGGGCCUCGUACCUAGAGCCCCCAAAGCAACAGGCAACACAAAUGCCCUUGGGGGCCACCAAGACUCCAUGAAUAUAUGGGUUAAAGGCCUGCAGCGGUCGGGCUACGAGCCUACGUCCCGCAGCAGACGCGGCAACGCCAACACAUACAUAGCUGAAGCUCACUUCCACUGAGCAUGAUCGUCGUAGAGCACCAA